UUUAGUGGGUAACAAAAAAAAUGGUUUCUAGCCGUGAUGACACUUCAAUCGAUGAACGGGGAACUUCUUCUAUGGACACCAACGACAAUCAGGAGAGGAGCAAUCACCAACACCACUCCAAUCAUCAAAUCCAUAGGCUGGAAGAGUACUUUAAUGAAUGUCCGCAUCCAGACGAUUUGCAGAGACGUCGGUUGGCGGAAGAGCUGAAUUUGAAGCCUAAACAAAUCAAGUUUUGGUUUCAAAACAAAAGAACCCAAGUUAAGAUUCAAAAUGAAAAAGCAGAGAACGCAGAGCUUAGAAUAGAUAACCUGAAAAUGAAAUGUGAAAACGAAGCAAUGGAAGAGGCCCUGAAGACUGUGGUUUGCCCUCCAUGUGGUGGUCGUCAUCCUGGGAGAGAAGAGCAAUUACUUUAUCUCCGAAAAUUGCGUGCAGAGAACGCUUUUCUCGAAAGAGAGCGUGAAAGACUCUCAACCUACGUAAGCCAGCACAGAGGUCACUCAAUACCUAGCUUUGAUGCCUAUCUCCACGGUCCAUCAACCUCCAAUAAUCGUCCUGCUUCAUAUGGAACCUCUUCCAACCAUCUCCCCACACAAUCAAGCUUGUUAAGAGGUCCAUAUACUCGUGAAAACAUCAACGUUACCCCACCACCUAAGCCGCAAAAUUCGGUACUGUUGCAGCAUUUCCAACCGCUACCUCAACCGGAGAAAAUUGUAAUGUUUGAAAUGGCGGCAAAAGCGGUGGCAGAGGUUAUGAGUCUCAUUAAAAUGGAAGAAUCAAUGUGGAUUAAAUCUUCUAUUGAUGGUAGGCUCGUCAUUGAUCCAGGGAACUAUGAGAAAAUAUCUACUAAGAUUAACCAUUUUAAGAGCACAAAUGUUCGUCCUGAGUCUUCUAAGGAAGUGGUGGUGGUUCAAAUGGCUGCAACAAACUUGGUCGACAUGUUCUUUGAUACAGAGAAAUGGGCGAGGCUUUUUCCAACAAUUGUGAACGAAGCUAAAACGCUUCACGUGUUGGAUUCCAUCGACCAUGGAAGACAAACAUUCUCAAAAGUGAUAUAUGAGCAAGAGCACAUAUUGUCGCCCUUGGUGCCACCUAGACAGUUUAUAAUCCUAAGAAGUUGCCAACAAGUAGAAGAAGAUCUCUGGUUGAUAGCUGACGUUUCCUGUCAUCUCCCAAACGUUGAGUUGGAUUUUACGGCUCCGCUUUGUACCAAACGUCCCUCCGGUGUUCUCAUACAAGCCUUGCCCGAUGGUAGCUCUAAGGUGACGUGGAUAGAGCAUGUGGAAGUGAAUGAUAAUGUGCGGCCACAUAGGCUUUACAAAGAUCUCUUAUACAGCGGUUUUGGCUACGGAGCUCGACGUUGGACUGUUACUCUUGAGAGGAUGUGUGAGAGGCUGUCUCUCUACUCCAUGUCUGACUUCCCAGCCACUGAUCACGCCGGAGUAGUGAAAACAAUAGAAGGCAGAAGGAGCGUAAUGAAUUUGGGAGAAAGAAUGUUGAAGAACUUUGCAUGGAUAAUGAAAAUGUCUGACAAACAAGAUUUCUCGCAACAGUGUGAUACUAAUAACAGCGGAGUUAGGAUUUCGGUGCGGACAAACAUAGAGGCCGGUCAACCAACCGGUCUCAUUGUCUGCGCCAGUUCAUCUUUAUAUCUCCCUCUUACUCCUCUCAGAGUGUACGAUUUCCUUAGCAACCUGGAGGUUCGUCACCAGUGGGACGUUCUCUGCCAUGGGAAUCCAGCGACUGAGGCUGCUCGUUUUGUCACCGGAUCGGACCAAAAGAACAACGUGACUUUUCUCAAGCCGUCAAGUGGAGGGGAUAAUAGUGAGUUGAUGAUACUACAAGAUGGCUUCAUAGAUGCAUUAGGAGGUAUGUUUGUCUACGCUCCAGUGGAUCUAAACACAGCAUACUCAGCCAUUUCAGGCCAAGUUGAUCCUUCCACCAUUCCCGUCCUCCCUUCCGGUUUCAUCAUCUCCCGUGACAGCCGUCGUCCUUCUGUGGGUGAGCUUGACAGUGGACGCAUGACACUCCUCACCGUGGCUUUCCAAAUUCUUGUCUCUGGUUCAAGUCACUCUAUAGAUCUCAACGUGGAAGAUUCUGCCACCACAGUCCAUAUCUUGAUUAGCUCCACCGUUCAAAGGGUCAAAGCAAUGCUUAACUGCGAAUGAUGCAUGGUCAGUGUGAGUUUGGUUAAGUGACCACUUUCCAAAUCUAAACUCUUUGGUAUUUUUGUUUUUAAACUUGAAAUAAGUGAUAAGAGUAUUUUCUGU